AACACAGAACCUCAGAGGGAAUAGAACACAGAGGGAAUAGAACACAGAACCUCAGAGGGAAUAGAACACAGAGGGAAUAGAACACAGAACACAGAGGGAAUAGAACACAGAACCUCAGAGGGAAUAGAACACAGAGGGAAUAGAACACAGAACCUCACAGGGAAUAGAACACAGAGGGAAUAGAACACAGAGGGAAUAGAACACAGAACCUUAGAGGGAAUAGAACACAGAACCUCAGAGGGAAUAGAACACAGAACCUCAGAGGGAAUAGAACCCGCAACCUAGAACUCUCUCCUGUAAACAGGAUAUGAUAGAUCUGUAUAUAUAUAGAUCUAUAGAUCUGUAUACAUCACAUUUAAGGGAUUGGAACCUAGAGCUUUCCAGGACUGAGCCGUCUGUCCGUCUCCCCCCAGUGGCGUCUCCCUGCAACAUCCUGCGCUGCAACUCGGACUUCGUGGCGGCGACCUUUGACCUGGGGAGCAGCGGCCUCGGCGGGGGUGGGGCUGGGCCGAGCGGGGGGGCGGGGCCGAGCCAUGGGGCGGGGCCGGGGCGUGGGGCGGGGCCGGGCCGGGGGGCGGUGAACGCCGGCUACUGCGGCGCGCUGCGCUCCUACGCCUCCUGCACGGCCCGCACCGCUCGCAGCUGCCGCGGCGACCUCACCUACCACGCCGCCGCGCAGGGCAUCCAGGACCUGCUGGAGCAGCACGCCUGCCCGGGGGCGGGGCCCACCGCCCGGCCACGCCCCCCGCCCCCGGCGCCACGCCCCCCCGCCGGCGACGCCUGCGUCUACGAGGAGGGCUUCCUGGAGCGGGGGGGACGGGCCCCGCGCUACGUGCACUGCGGCGUGUUCGGAGACCCCCACGUCCGCACCUUCGGGGACGACUUCCAGAGCUGCGCCGUGCGGGGGGCGUGGCCCGCCAUCGACAACGAGUACCUGUACGUACAGGUGACCAGCUCGCCCGUGAGGGGCGGGGCCAACGGACAUUACACCGCCCUCACCAAGGUGACGGUGAUCCUCAAGAGCUGGGCCCCGUGCACGGAGCAGCUGCUCUACACGGCCGAGCUGGACAACGUCCCGGCCGCCUUCGCCGACGGCUCCGUGUCGGGGGGCCGGGGGGGCCGGGGGGGCCGGGGCCCGCUCAUCUCCUCCACGGACCCCGGCCGGCACGCCGCCAUCCACGCGGCGCACAUCGGCACGCUGCUGGUGGUGCGGCAGAGCGGCCGCUCGCUGGGGCUCUCCGUCCGCACGCCGCGCGCCAUCGCGCGCGCCUUCGCCCCCGAGCGGGACCUCCAGCUGUGCGUGUGGGGGUGCCCCCCGUCCCAGCGGCUGCCCCCCCCGGCGGCGGCGGGCCGUGGGGCGGCGGCGGCGGCCCACUGCUCCGCCCUGCUCCCGGUGCGGGACGUGUACCAGCAGGCCUGCGUGGCCGACCUCCUGGCCAGCGGGGAGCUCAACGCCAGCCGGGCGGCCGUGGCGGCGCUGGCCGACGCCAGGGGCAUGCUGGGAGGGGAGGCCCGGCUGCACCUGCUGCCCCCCCGCCCCGCCGCCACGCCCCCCCCGGUGCCCGCGGAGGCCGGCCCACUUGUGGGCGUGGCCCUGGUCCGGCUUGGGCUCCUGGUCCUGGGGGUCCGAGCGGUCCUAUAGGUCUACAUGCGGGUUGCAAGACUUUUACCCACAAUGCAUCACAGAGGCCUGAGGUGUCCAGUGGAGGCGGGGGGGCACGUCCCAGGAACCACAAAGUCCUGACCAGAAGGACUCCAGCAGGACUCCAGCAGGACUCCAGCAGGACUCUAACAGGACUCCAGCAGGACUGUAGCAGGACUGUAGCAGGAGUGUAGCAGGACUCCAGCAGGACCGUAGCAGGACUGUAGCAGGAUUCCGAAGGACUGUAGCAGGACUUGGUCUGUGAUCAGGAGGUCCAACAGAGGGUCGCUCCAGGUCAAUUGAUUGAAUCAAUUGGUUGAUUUCUUAAAAUUGUUGGAAUUAUUGUUAUCAUUUGUUUUAAAAUUUUGUCAUUUAUUGUUGAUCGUUGAGGUCAUUUUUUCACUUGACACGAGGUGGCGAGGAUGUGUGUUGUCAUGGUAACCGGUGUUGACCACGGCAGGUUAUACACAAUAUAAACUCAAACUCCACUCAG